GUCAAGUGGUGCACUUGAAGGGGACUCGCUUCAUACUUCGGGAUAUAUGCACAUCCCAGUUUCUAUUGCGAUGUUAUUGGGGUUAUUCCCAAGUUCCAAUAUUGACUCGAUGAUAUUGGGCCGUGCGUCGGGCUCAAUAGAAAUCCAUAUCUGGUCAAGUGAUAUGGUUGCUAUCCGUACACAAAGAUAAUGCACAGUUGCUAGCCUGUGAUGACCGCGUAGUCUAGUUAUAGAACUACAUCAUCAAGGGAGAGCCAAAUUUGUCGAGCACUGAUGGGCAGACAGAGUGUACAGAGCUAUAGGUGUGGAUAGUUGGUGUCUGAUGCCAAUUCUCUUAAGUUUGCAAUUUCAAUUCUGAACUUACUGAUGAGGUAACAAUUUCGUAUCAAUGUGUAACGGCUUCGGAUCUGUGGGUUUAGGCCACAGCUUGUAUAUAAAUAAUCAGUGGACAGCUACAGUCAUCUUGAUGGCAUGUUUUAUAAAGUAAUGGUGUCGGACGUUCUGGAAAUAACUCUUUGCUUGUGGAUGGAAACAGAUUCAUAAGGCUCAUCAGAUUGAUGUUAUAGUCUUUGAAAAAAAGAUGAUGCAGAACUCUCUUCAGUCAAAGCAGUCAUUCGUCGGCUGAGUGAGGAAUUGAAAAGAAUUACAUUUCUACAACAACAACAAAACAAUUGAAUUAUAAGAUGUCUGUCAGCAGCGUCCAGCAGCCAGGCAAGGGAGUCGUGGACUCGCUUCGAGUCGCCAUCAAGCCAAGCGACCUCUCCCACGACAUGACCAAGAGCGCGAGCGAACGGAACGGCUCGAGCAACGGGAGCUCCGACGACCGGAAGACGUCUACGGAGGAGGACGAGGAGGAGGCCUACCGUUUUUCGAUCGGUUCGCUGGUUCCCGUCUCUAUGGUCCGGUCCUUCUACGAGCUGUCCGCGCUUGGAGGAGAUGGGAGGAUGGUGCAGUUUUCCCGGUUCGAGGGACGCGUCACGCUGGUGGUUAACGUGGCCACGGGAGACGAGCAGGCUACCAGGGAAUUUACUCAGAUGAAUGAGUUCGUCAGCACCUACGAGAGCCGUGGCCUGAGCAUUUUAGCCUUCCCCUGCAACCAGUUCGGCAACAGGGAGCCAUGGGAUGACCACGAGAUACCGCUCUGCCUGCGCCACGUGCGUCCCGGCCGAGGCUUCGCGCCAAAAUUCCACCUGAUGGCGCGCUGUGACGUCAACGGGGCGCGCUGCCACCCGGUCUUCGAGUACCUGAAGCAGCGGGUUGCAGGCUGCAGUGACGAUCACUCCCCGACCAUCAGGAGCCUGCGGGGCCGCCUGCUUCCGCCUAAAUCUCCCGACAUCCGUUGGAACUUCGAGAAGUUCCUAGUGGGCCACGAGGGGAGGCCUUUCAAGCGGUUCUCCUCACGGACGCCGAUGAGGUCGCUGUCGGGGGAUGUGGAGAAUUUGCUGCGGAGGUCGAGCAUUGCGAUGCAGUCAUCAGCCAGCAAGUACGGUGGCAAUAGAUUCGUUCACUAUGACCCUGGACAGGACAAAAUACGGAAGAAGAGAAACUCAGCAAGAGGCAGCGAUGUAUCAUAAAUUAUGUAGGCCUAAUCUUUCAAUCAUCUGAUAUGGUUAAUGAUGAUGUCUUUCGUUGAUAAUGUGACUCAAAGACGGUGAUAGGCGUCCUAUCAAACCAUAUUGGAUUUCACCCACGCCCCCGAUCCCAAGGCGUCAUAUAUUAACUUUAUCCAACAUGGACAAAGAGAUAGAAGAUAAAAUUGCUCUGGAAACGAGUGGCUCUGUGGAACGACACAACUCCCCC